AUGCAGGGUAAGGCGAAGUGCUUGCUGUGGGGUGACAAGCAGGUUGACGGAGUGGUUGUGGGUAUCUUCGAGGGCGGCGAGCUCACCCCGGCAGGCCAGGCGAUCGACAAGAGCACCAGUGGCGAGGUGGGCAGCGGAGAGGUGUUCCUCGACCUUGGCGAGGACUACCCGCGCGUUGCCGUUGUCGGACUGGGCAAGCACCCGCGCGACGUCAAGCUCACCUCCGAGCAGGAGGACUACAGGGAAGGCCAGCCCAAGCCCAGCGACGCCGUCAGGCAGGGAGCGGCUCGUGGCGCUAGGCUUCUCCGAGAUGCUGGAUCGAAGGUGAUCGGCGUCGAGUCCUUCGGCCAGUUCACCGAUCUGCCCUCCGUUCAGCUUGCUGCUGAAGGAGCUCUCUUGGGUCUCCACAAGUUCGAUGAGCUCUUCUCGAAGAAGGACGAUGAGCCCGUUGAUGUUCAGCCGUGGGGAGUUGAAGCCGACAAGCAGGAGGAGUGGAACCGUGGCAAGAUCAUCGCCACGGCUCAGAAUUUUGCUCGUGUGCUCACCGACACACCGGCCAACCUGAUGACUCCGACCAUCUUCUCUCAGAAGGUUGAGGAGAAGUUUGCGUCGCUGCCCAACAAGGCGGAUGUGAAGAUCUUCGCCCACGACAAGGCAUGGGCUGAGGAGCAGGGCAUGGGCUGCUUCCUGGGUGUGACCCGAGGCAGCGAAGAGCCACCCAAGUUCUUGGAGAUCCACUACAACCCCCUUGGUGAUGAAGCCCAGGACGUCGCGCCUAUCAUCUUCGUCGGCAAGGGUGUUACCUUUGACAGCGGCGGUAUCUCGAUCAAGCCCUCCGAGGGCAUGGGCAUGAUGCGCGGGGACAUGGGCGGCGCCGCAGCUGUCGUGUCCACCGUCUGGGCGCUUGCUUCGCUGCAGAUCAAGACCAAGGCGAUCUGUCUCACUCCCCUGUGCGAAAACAUGCCUUCCGGCACUGCCACUAAGCCUGGUGAUGUGUUGCGCGCCAAGAAUGGCAAGACGGUUGAGGUCGAUAACACCGAUGCUGAGGGUCGCUUGAUCUUGGCCGACGCUUUGGUCUACGCUAACUCUUUCAAGCCUGCCGCCGUCAUUGAUGUUGCCACGCUGACUGGUGCCAUGGUCGUUGCUCUCGGAGCUGGCGCUACGGGUGUAUUCACCACCAGCGACAAGCUUUGGCGUGAGAUGGACGAAGCUGGCUGGAAGACCGACUCCAGGGUGUGGAGGAUGCCGCUCUUCUCCUCCUACAAGAGGCAGAUCAAGUCGGCGUAUGCUGAUCUGAAAAACGUCGGUGGUCGUCCCGCUGGCUCCAGCACUGCCGCUCUCUUCCUGAAAGAGUUUGUCGAGACUCCUGCGUGGAUGCACAUGGAUAUCGCCGGUGUGAUGCACUCUGACGAUCGCAACGCGUACACCCCCAAGGGAAUGGCUGGCGAGCCCGUCCGCACGCUGGUCCAGUGGGUGAGGGACAAGGUGGAGAAGCACUAG